AUGUGGGAGAAUGUUUGUGGUAGAGACGCCGUGGUAGGCUCCAAACAAAGUCUGCUCAACACCUUACAAACAUCGAAUCACGAUGAGAGAACGCGGGCCACGUUGCGAAUAGUAGAAGAGGCGAAUGAGCUGAAAAGGAAGGAGCAGGAGCUACGCAGAACGCUCGGCUACAGCGUUGCAAAGGAUUUCGGACUAUUGACGACCACCUCACGAAAUCAGAACGACCAUCGCAGAGGAGCCAGUGCUUCUCCCAGUACUUUGCCCAAGUAUUAUCAUAGUCGAAUCUCCUCCGAUGGCAACAAUAACGCCUUUGCAUCGCAAAGGUCAGCUGAAGAAUUAUUUUCAAGCAAAAGAACUUCUGCACCUCGCCCAACUCUUCUCUCUCAACCCUCCCCAGUACCGAAACCAACUAACUCGAUAGGGUAUACGCGUGGAGCAUGGAACGGCUCUCUUCACUCUUCUCUUACCUCUCUGGUGAUCAAUAACGAAGAAGCAAUGCGGAUACAGAAGCCUCCCACAUAUUCUCCACAACUUUCCGCAAAACCCUUUAGAACUUCUCCUCAGCUCAAAAGCAAAGUUGAGCAUCCAGCUACUCCCACAGCCAAGUCAAAUACACCUGUCUAUGGCAGGGUGUUUUCAUCGACAGCUUCAACGGAGUACGCCAACAUUACCAAAACACCACCCUCUGCGGUGAAUGCAUUUUCUACCCAGCUUGAGGAAGAGGAAGAAAAUGUUCAGACAGCUCCACAAACUCCUAUUGUAGGCUCAAAUAUUCGUAAAGUCAAGGAGGCUGUCAAACAACAGACUUUGGGUCAGAAAUCCGCCAGCAAGUUGCUGCUGCAAGGACAACGAGCCAAUAACAAUCAAUUAUCGGGUGUUCAAUAUGCGGGAAGAUCGAAUGCUUAUAUUAAGAAAUCUGCAGAAUCACCAAAGCUUGGAAGAAGCUACAAUAAUGUUACUGCGGAUCAAGUGAGCAACUUAUCCGAAGAGGAAAUUAGCAACAAUAUCGCAAAAAUACUGAAGGAAGGUCUGCCAACACUUAAAAAAAUUGGAACUCCUGUGGAAAAGAACGGAGUUAUGCUGGGCAAGGUGCUGGAUGAUGUUCGCAUAGAUAACUCUAUGGUAAGAUUUUGUGAUUUGUUAUAGAA